AUGUCUUUCCGCGAUAUUCUUUUCGAUUCUGAUGCUUUGAUCCUAUUUCCUGACAAGUUCUUGUCAUCAAUUCUUUCAUUGAAGCAUGAAGACCUAGAUGAAAAUAUUGCAUUGAUUCUCGCCGAAGUACUCAUUCCCGGCUCACAAAAUGUCGGCUCGUCUAGAUCAUCUCACAGUGCUCUUACGGCCUCUUCUGUGCCUGAAAGUAACGCUAAGGGCGCCCAGUUGCAAACCUGCUUCAAAAAGGUAGAAGUAGACGGCAACUUGAAGAUCAAUUGGUACCAGGUGUUCAGCCAUGUGUACGAAAAGCUUUAUGAAGCUUCAAAAAGAGACAUACAGCCGUCUUUAGCAUCCAUUACAGAAAUUUGCGCUGCUUUAGACUUUGAAUAUGGCGUAUUGGACAUCUUUUUGAGCUAUGAAUGGUGGUUUGGAACAACCUUAGUUGCACAUUUACACGCUAUGCAUCCGUUGAACCACAGCCUGUCUAUUGAAACUCAAGGAAGUUACAAUUUGCUCCAGCUGAAAAACUUAGCUCUUUGUUUUCCACAAACUGGCCAAGCCCCCAAUGUUAACUUUCCCAAUCACAUUGUCAAGUUUGUCAGUGUUGCAAAAUUACUUGUUCUGGCAAUGGCAAAGAUCUCAUCUCAAUUUGCUGGCAACAAUGUUAGCGAAGUUUUUGGUGCAGUUCGUCAAGCAUUCGAAUAUAGCACAACCAACAAUGCAGCAUAUCUUCUUGUGGCUUGUUUCUUGACCGUUGACAAAAGCGAAUUUCAUAUUCGUUUAAUUGGAUCUCUAUUCACCCAGCUCAUGGAUCAAGAAGGCGCUGAUCAAGCCUCCCUUGCAAGCUUAAUAGCUCGCUUAGCAGAGAUUGACAAGGCCAUGUUAGUAAAGCACAUUGCUGAAUACUACACUGAGCGUCAAUUAGCAGAAACCGUCCCUAAAAUUUUGACACUCACUUCAGCGGGCAGCAUGACAGAUGAAAUCAUAGCUGACUUAUUCAAAGUAAGCAUAAAAGUUGGUUUGGUGUUCACGUUUGAUGGCGCUGGCUUCGGUGUUAAUUUCAAGAAUGUCAUCGAGCAGCAGCUUCAGAAGGAGGGCCAAAAGAAACUAAUCUACCAACUGAUGUUAGAAAUAUUAGAGUUGAGAUCUGCUCAAGAUUACGAAUGGCAGCAACAACAACAAGCACAUGGAGGAGCAGCACAACCACAGCUGGCAGACCGCAAAAUGUUGACUCUUCCAUUGGUUUUUUACGUUCUUGAAAAGCUCAAAGCAAGCAAUGGACUUAUUGACGCAGAACGUCUUAAGAACCUUCAGCUUCUGUUACUCACGACGUAUCCUCGUUUGAUCAAUUUUGGCUGUGGUCACGACGCUGCAAUCUUAGCCAACUCAGAGAGGUAUAGUACCUUCCCAUCUGAUGUUGAACAAGAAAUGAAAUCGUACUACUCGAAAAUGUACAAUAAAGAAAUGGAAAUAAGGGACAUUGUCGACAUGCUUGUGAGGAUGAGACUGAGUGACAAUCCUCAUGACCAGGACAUAUUUGCAUGUAUGAUUCAUUCAUUGCUCGAUGAAUACCGUUUCUUUUCUGAGUACCCAUUGACUGCGUUGGCUUCUACGUCUUUAUUGUUUGGUGCAUUGCUACAAAAAGACUUGAUACAAGGAACCACUCUUACCGUUGCCUUGAAUUUUAUCUGGGAAUCUUGCAAUCAACCUCAAGAUUCUCACUUGUUCAAAUUUGCUGUGCAAGCUUUGUACAAUUUCAAGUCCCGGUUGCAUGAAUAUCCAAUUUACUGUAAGCAUUUGUUGGAGUGUCAGCCUUUAGCUGGCCACGCCAAGAUAUAUGCAAUCGUUAGGGAUGCUGCCAAUGGUAUUCCCUGUACUGAUGGUUCAACUCAGGAUGCCAAGGGUACCGAUGGCACUUCAUCACCAUCAGUGAGGGCACCAAUGCUCAGGUACCAAUCUUUAAACAUUCAUGAUGAUCGGAUUACCGAUGCUGCUUCGCAACCACCUGAACAAGUUAGAGACCAAUUAUUGUUCUUUGUGAACAACUUGACUUCAGAAAACCUUGCCAAGAAGUUACCGGACGUAAAGUCUGCUUUAGAAGAACGCUAUUUCUUGUGGUUUGCUAGGUAUCUUGUUGUGGAUAGAGCAAAGAGCGAGCCUAACAACCAUGAACUUUAUGGUACGUUCAUUUCUGCUUUUGAUAACAGCGACUUCACCGAUAUUGUAUUGGGUGUGACAUUGAGUGAGGUUGAACGAAUGCUUUCCAGUUCAAAGGACUCUUCCAAUGAUCGUACACACUUGAAAAAUAUGGGUUCGUGGAUUGGAAGAUUGACUUUGGCCAACGAUAAACCUCUUCGCAGGGAUCAAGUGGCCCUCAAAUUUCUUCUUGUUGAAGGGUUUGACUUCAACACUUUAGCCUUGGUUAUCCCAUUUGUUUGCAAGAUCUUGGAUCAGGCCCAGUAUUCAGUAAUACUUCGUCCACCUAAUCCAUGGAUAUUGGGUGUGAUCAAGGUGCUUGUUGAGCUUUAUUCGUGUGCUGAUUUGAAGUUAAACUUGAAGUUUGAAAUCGAAGUUCUUCUUAACUCAUUCGGUAUGAAGAUUGGAGAUAUCGAGCCUUCUACAUUGGUUCGAAGCCACAACCCUGAUCCUGCUGCACUUGCAGAGAUCUUUGGCAGACGCAUGGGAGCAACCGGAUUGAGUAAAGAUUUGGCAAGAAUGUCACUCGAGUCAAAGAAGCUUGAGCAACAACAGUUGCGACAACACAUUAUGGCUCAGAAUGAUUUGAGUAAAGUCAUGCCUCCUUCAACUAGUGGCCCUCCUCCAGGUUUCACUUCGAAUAGUGUUGGAGCACCAAUUGGUGGAGCACCAUCGGCUCCUCCAUCUGGGCAGCUUGAUACUUCGUUCAGUAAUCUUGUUGGAAACACGAUUUUCACUCAAAGUCCUAACCUUCGUCGUGCAUUCCAAGCUUCAUUAUCUCGUUCAGUUCGUGAAUGUGCAGUUCCAAUUUUGAGCCGUGUUUCCGAGGCAGUCUUGACAACUACCGAAGCACUCGCUACGAAAGACUUUGCUACCGAAGGAGAUCCUACCAUAUUCAGAAAGUCUUACCAAACUUUAGCGCAACAAUUGUGCCAUAGUAUGGUAGUUUGUAGUGGUAGGAAGAUCUUGAGUGAAACAAUCGAAGCUACCAUGUUGCAGCUUCUUGGAAACCAAGCUACCGCGAGCGACUUUCCUAUUAAUGAGCUAGCGGUUGCCAUUCAGUCCAAUGUUCAUUUCUGCGUUGAAAUCGUUGACAAAAUUGCGGCUGGUAAUAUCAGUGAGCUAAUUGAUGAAAGAAUGCAAAGAUUCGUCAUACAAAGAGAGCAGCGCAACCCACAAGAACCUUACAGAGAGGAGGGUUCAAGCGAUUAUGCAUUGAACUUGCCUCAUCCAUUAGGGUUGAGAAGAGAGGGUUUAGCUCCAGGGCAGCUCAAAAUCUAUGAAAGCUUUGGAAAUAACGGACCUAAUUUACGCCCGGAAGAACUUCGCCAGUCUCAACCAAUUGGCGACGUGAGAGCUAUGCCUGAUGGCAGCGACAUCCCAAGCGUAGCCCCUGGUGCUGGAGUUGGUUCUGGAAUUCAGGCUAUGGGACCAACACCAACUUCAUCUAGCACAGCCCCCGUUGGCCCAAUGGAAGAGUUUCCUCUUGAACAGCUUUUUGUAGCUAUUACUCAGAGCUGUGAGAGAGCAAUUGAGUUGUUGGCUGAUGCCAAAGAAACAAGGCUUUCUGAACUUAGCCCAGAACAUCCUAUCAUGGUCGCUUUGGCGCAAGCCUUAACGUUGGCACAGAGCAAUGCACUCAAAAAUCCCGAGUUACUUCUCAAAGUUGCUCAGUAUGCUGUCAACUGUCUCUUUACUCAGGCUCAUGAGAAUCCAAUGAGUAAUGAGAUAUAUGUGGUAAUAUUGGACAAAUUGUGCGAGUACUCUCCAUCAACUGCCAAAGACGUCACUUGGUGGCUCGUUCAUUCUUCUGACCAACGCAAAUUCAACAUUCCUGUCAUUUACUCGCUUUUGAAGGUUCAAUUGGUACUGGCAUCUAAGCUUGAUACCUCGAUUGGAAAAUUGUUGGCCGAAUCAAGCAAUCCUAUGGCUGUCAAGUUUGCUGCAAAUCUCUUGUUGAAUGUCUUCGGUUCUUCUGAAGCGCGACCAAUAGCUAUGAGGUCUGAUUUUGGCUUCACCUUGGAAGCAUUGAACAACUAUAAAGGUGAUCCUAAAGAUGCUCUGGCCGAACAGAAGGAAGCUUUGUUAGCAAGGGAUAAUUUGUUCUCCUUGUUGAACCAAACUACUGCUCCUACUCAGUUUGGCGACCACGAUGCUUACCAUCAAAUGGGUUAUUUGUUUGCGGAAUGGAUUGCCCUUUUGUCUCACGGACCUCCAAGCGAGCCUUUGCAAGACAAGUUCAUAAAUGGACUUCUUGACGCUGAAAUACUCUCAAAUCCAAAAUUGUUCAAGACCUUCUUCAAGGCUGCUACAGAGAUUUCAGUGACGGCGUUUGCUACCGAGCACGAGGUGAGAACCCGAACCCAAAGAGAAAGCUAUCUUGCAGUGGACUCGCUUGCUAUGUUAAUCGUACGGAUUGUAUUAUCGUUCGAUAAGAAUCAUUCUGAAGAGGCUAUGGAUUACUUGAAGAAUAUUAUGAGUGUUGUAACCACGAUGCUAACUAUAGAUCAUGAAAAUUUCCAAAACAACUGGAACGAAAGAGCAUAUUUUAAGAUCUUCUCGUCUAUUUUGUGCAUGUGGAACGAUGCUUCGAUUCUUGACAGCACUGCCACUGCUCAUUUGGAUGAAGAGUUCUACACCUUUAUUGGUGAUAUUUUCAACUCUUUGCAGCCAUUGAUUUAUCCUGGGUUUACGUUUGCAUGGAUAUCGUUGAUUGCUCACCGUAUGUUCUUGCCUCGGGUUAUUACGUUGCCCAACCGCAGCGGGUAUCCAACUAUGGUGAGACUCUUGCAAAACUUGUUGAAAUUUGACCGUAUUUGCGGCAACAGUGACAACGACUCGUACGACAUAGUCAACGUUAUUUUCAAGGCAAUUAACCGGAUAUUCACCGGAUUGGCUCAUGACUAUCCUGAGUUUUUGGUUGAAUGCCACUUCCAAUUGGUGACAGCUAUACCAUCACGGUACAUCCAGUUGAGAAAUAUUGUUGUUUCGGCAACACCUAAAAAGAUUCCCGUCAUUGACCCAUUCACUCAAGGGUUGAAGGUUGAAAGAUUACCAGAAAUCAAAGAGCCACCGAUCGUGUACUUUAAUCCAGGCGACGAUUUGGCCAAGGUUGGAUUGCGGAAACCGGUGGACAACUUUUUGAGGAUCCCAGCUCCUUCGUUGAUCAGAACAAUGUACAACAGUGUGAAGCUUCUGCAGCCCAAGGAGGAUCGAGACUUUGGCUUUGAUAUCAUUCACUACAACACAAAACUCAUCAAUGCGUUGGUGUUACAUAUUGGUAUCAGUGCCGUUUCCGAAAGAACUUCCAGUUCUCAGCGUGGAGGGUUCAAUGUUAAGUCUACACAUGUAUCCCUUCUCGUGGAUCUUAUGAACCACGGACUGCUGGAGUUCAAGUUCCAUUUGAUCAAUGCCAUUGCCAACCAAUUGCGGUAUCCAAACAGCCACACCCAUUGGUUUGUGGGGAUCAUACUCCACUUUUUCAGCUCCACUACCAUCUGGACACAACCUGGCUCCAAGGCAGUGGUGCAAGAGAUCAUCACUCGUGUGUUAUUGGAGCGUCACAUUGUCAACAAGCCGCACCCAUGGGGCUUGACCAUCGUGUUCACCGAGUUGGUGAAAAAUGGCGACUAUGGGUUUUUCGAGCUUCCAUUUGUGCGUACAGCCGAGCCCGAGUUGCGGGUGGUGUUUGCGGCUCUUGCACGGAAUGUCAAGGGCACGCCUGUAGAAUAG